AUGUCCUUCCUGGUCGGUCCCGUGUCGGGCGCCCUUGCAGCAGGCGGAGUGUACUAUGGAUUCUCAACCUUGAUACAGACUCGAACAGAGCAACACCGGUCUGACCUUCACAAAUUGUCUCAACGAUUGCUUGACGCUCCGUCGAAUAUACCAGCGCCGGCCUCCGCUGCGCAGAGGAUUGUCCGACACCCAUUUGCGUCCUUGUUGAAAAACCAGUGGAACACACAGCUAGAGACAUUGUUCCAGGGUGCCGAAGGAUGGGGACGGCGCGUCUCUGACUGGACCAGAGACAAACUCUAUGGUGGAGGCGCACCAUCGACCAGAGCCAAUUAG